AUGGCGGAUCUACGGAUGAUUGCUAAGCGGGUAGAGGAUGAAGUUGACGGGAGCACAGAACAGAACACAGCAGAACAAGGGUGGUAUUACUUGCAGCGGCAAGCUGCAUUAAACAUGGCUGCUCCUUUGGCUGACCUCGUGCCACUUGAUGCAACACAGACAGGAAACAGGCAAAAUCUGAAGGGGAGGAAGAUGCUCGGGGUGAGCGUGAACCUGAGGUAUGGUAACCUCCUGAUUGAUAUUGAUCAAUAA